CACUUCGUCCAGUUCCUGUUUUGCUACACGGGCGCACACGACCUCGCAGGGAGAUUUACGUACUUGGUUCGGAGGGUUUGAACCGCACGGUUGUGGAAUGCUGUCGCGCGCAUCUGCCACUGCACGCCAGCAGCCGGAUUGAACCGAGAAAGCUUUCCGGCUACAGCACAAAGAGAUGUGCCGACGUGUGCGGGACAUCCAGGAGAGGUUCAGCAGCUGAAUUAAAAUGGAGCACACUUCUUGCAGGGAGGAUCGUAUCCACCACGCCCUAAACCGCUGCCUCCACGAUCUCAGCUCCGCCCCCUCCGCAGUGCAUUCUGGGAACGCUGGCCUCUCCAUGAAUCAUUGGACCCUGGAAGAGCUGGUGAAGAGAGACCCAGAGAACUUCCUCAUUCUCCUGAAACAGAUCCUAAGGAGAGCCAAAGAGGUCCAGGACCAGUGCCAGUAUGAGCUGGUGGCUCCACUCGCCCUCAUCUUCUCCUCCGCCCUCCUGCGGACCCCUUUCCUCCCUCCACACUGCCCCCUGCUGGCGCGCGCCUGCGAGGUGUUCGGCGGCUUCCUGUCCUGGCCGGAGCCGUACGGCGGGGUGUGUCGCGACCUGCUCACCGUCCUUCGCCUGGAGCUGAGGGCCCCAGGCAUCUCAUACCACAGACUGGUGAGGGAGGAGCAGGGCAUAUCCGCAGCUGGCUACCGCUCCAAAACCCUGACGGUGCUGCUGAUGGACCCAGCGGACGUACCCCAGGAGUUCCUCUCCGUGUCUGAGCAGAUGAGCGGCCUUCAUCAGGCCCAGCAGGAGAUCCACAUCACCCUCAUCAAACACGCGUACCAGGCCGGCCUCGGGCCCCAGCGCCCUCUGUCCGCCCUGCACCACGCCCUGCAGUCAAAGAGCCCGGAGCAGCUGGAGCAGCUCUCCUGCGCAGUGACGGAGGUCCUGGAGGCCUGCGCCUCCAUGGAGGAGCCGGAGGAGGCCAGGGGGUGUCUGGUGCGGGGCCUGGAGGACCUCUGGGAGACCAUCGGGGUGCAGGCCUCAGACAGCGGGGGAUCUGACGGGGUGCUGCAGACACUGGCAUUGCCCAUUGCCAAAUUUCACCUGCACCUCUGGGAUAACGACAAUUUUGACUCUCUGCCUGACCUCCUGGAGAGGGAGGGUAUCCUCACGAGCACCCCAACCCCGCCUGAAGAGGAGGAAAAGGAGGAGGAGGAAGAAGUGGCGGAGGAUGAGGAGGACGGGGAUGAGAGGCAGGAGAUCGGUGAGGACAUAGAGGAGGAGGCUGCUUCGGACAUUUGGGCGGGACACAGAGACUCCACCCUCUCCACCACCUCCAAGGACUCCAUGUUCUCCACCUCCUCCGCCGCCUCCUCCUCCUCUUGCUCCGCCCCGUCGCGGUGGUCGGGGGUGUCGGGGGCGGACAGCGACUUCUGCGAGGACGCGGAGGACAGCCCGCCGGAGAGGAGCGCCCCGCCCCGCCCCCGCCUCGGACGUCACCUCUCCAAACUCCUCAAGUCCCGCAAACGGGGCGGGGGCGGGGGCAGACCCCUGUCCCGCGCCAACAGCCUGGGCUCGCCCGAGACCAAGGGCCACGCGGAGAAGCGCCACGCCCGCUUCGCGCGCUCCAACUCGCUGCGCCAGAAGGCGCGGUCGGGGGCGGGGCUCGGGGUGGCCCCGCCCCUCCUCCACCUCCUCCCGGCUCCGCCCCCGCUCCGGCUGGCCUGCAGCCGGAGGAUUCCCGUGCUGAGCUGCGGCGGGGUGGGGAGGGGCUGGGAGGAGGAGGAGGAGGAGGAGGAGGGGCGGGGCUGCGGCUCCACGCUGCGGCUGGUGGUUUUCGGGGGCGACCGCGCCGCGGGGAAGGCCGCUAGGGCCUGCGCCCGACUCGCGGCGCGGGACGGCGUCCUUCCCGCCCGGGUUCAGCUCUUUUUCGUCCCCGUGGCCAGGGGGUUCGGCCGCGCCCCCGCCGAGGGUCCCGGCACCCCCGAAAAGCAGCCGGAGAGCCCCCCGAGAGCAGCAGCGAGGACGGAUGUAGCCACGCCCAGCGUUGAUGACAUCACUAACGACAUCGCGCAGUUCUUGGGAACGCUGGACCCCUGGUACGAGCGCAACGUGCUGUCAUUCCUCGACCUGCCUGUGGGCGUCCUGUGCCAGCAAACCCCCAAAGCAGAGACAGACGUGCACAGCAGCUCCAGGGAGCCACUCCCCAUAUUUGCAGACCUGCUUCUGCACUACUGUCGCCAGGGAAAACAACCCAUUCUGGUGCAGCUUUACCAGGCUGAGCUGACCCUGGCGGGGGGGGAGAGGCGGACGGAGGUGUUCGUUCACUCGCUGGAGCUGGGCCACACUGCUGGGACCCGAGCCAUUAAAGCCGCAGGUGCAGCCAGCAAGCGCUUCGGGGUUGUCGGAGAUCGGGAGGCUGUCCCGUUAACGCUGGAGAUCCUUUACAACCAGGUCACCGUGAGUAGGAGGAGCCGGUGGACCCAAGCCGAUGUAGUGUGCACCUCCAUUAACCUGAGCAAAGCCUGCAAGAGCCUGGAGGAUCAGGGCUCAAAUACAGAGCGGCUGCAGAUGGCCGUAACCGAGGUACGGAAGAGGCAAAACUCCAAAUCCAAAAUGGGGUACAACCAGCACCUGUCCACCACCGAGGUGAAAGUGGACCACGUACAGGUGAGCAGCGCCAGCAGCACCACCUUCGCUGUGUGUCUGGACCAGGACGAGAAGAAGGUGCUUCAGAGCGUCACCAGGUGUGAGGUGUCUGUGUGCACCAGGCCUGACGGCUCUGAGUGGGGGCUCCGCACAGACCCGUUAGAGCAGACUCCUGGCCCCCCCCUCCUCCCCCCCGACGCUACCUGCUCGCAAGUCUGCCUACCCUUACUCAGCUUCUGCGGGACACGUCCCUGAGACUCUCAAACGCAAAAAAAAAAAAAAAAAAACCAUCUGUGGGAAUAUCACGGACGAAUUGCAACACACCCUUCGGUCUUCGGUCGCGUGAAGACUCAGCCUCAAGACCACAGAUCAGUCGCUGUACUGUAACAGGGAAAUGGAUGAAGAAAAGCCACAGUGUCGCGUCUCGUGUUGAGCAGGAUUAGCCAGAGAUCCCUGUGUGCGACAGCGGAAUCCAAAGAACACAUCUGAUUUCAUGCCUGAAGGUUCAAGCCACUAUUUCCCACAAGGAAAUACUGUUUCCUACAGCCACACACAUAUUUCCUGUUGCCACGCACAUAUAUCCUGUUGCCACGCACAUAUUUCCUGUUGCCACGCACAUAUAUCCUGUUGCCACGCACAUAUUUCCUGUUGCCACGCACAUAUUUCCUGUUGCCACGCACAUAUUUCCUGUUGCCACACACAUAUUUCCUGUUGCCACACACAUAUUUCCUGUUGCCACACACAUAUUUCCUGUUGUCACACACAUAUUUCCUGUUGCCACACACAUAUUUCCUGUUGUCACACAUAUUUCCUAUUGCCACGCACAUAUUUCCUGUUGCCCCACACAUAUUUGCUGUUGUCACACACAUAUUUCCUGUUGCCACGCACAUAUUUCCUGUUUCCACACACAUAUUUCCUAUUUCCUGUUGUCACACACAUAUUUACUAUUUCCUGUUGUCACACACAUAUAUUCUAAGUGUGUCACAUGUGCAGUAACUUCAAACUGUAAAUGUUUGUGGAAGACCUGUAGCACAUCUGUUUAGCCAUUAUGAUACUUGUAAGCAUACUCCAUUUCAGGUUUUUUUCUCUCAAACCCAUUUAGUUCUCUUCUCCCUCUCUCGUUUGUGUCAACAGGGACAUUGCACUGAAUUAAAAUAUGAUGCACUUUUUUCUUUUUUUUCAUGUUCAGGUCUUGGGUUCUUGCAUGGAAGGCUAUUUUCAGAGACAACUGGAGGGCUUUUCAUUUUUGACAUCUUGAUCUUUUCAGAACUGUGAAAGCUGAAAUAAUCUUGGUACAUUUUGAUCCUGAGAUUGUACAGCCUGUCUGCACAGGCAGGAAAUCGUUUGUUAUUCAAGGUGGUACGUGUCCAAAGUAGAGCGAGACAGUGUCUGAAACACCUUUAUGUCCAGUCUGUUUACUGUCAUUUUAACAGUUUGUUUCAUCACAAAACGUUUGUAAAUUAAUUGUAAAAUACUGUUGUGCAAUGUCAUGCAACAAAAGACAUUCCACUCAAUGACUGCAAAAAAUGUACAAAAAGUAUGAAUAUAUGGAUUUUUAUUUUUAA